UCCCCACCUUUGGCUCCAUCGGCCAGUCCCACUCCUCCUUGCAACCCCACCCUCGCACCCCUCUUCCGCUUCGAAGAUGGCAAAGGGACCUAAGAGAGCCUCGAAGAGGACCUCGACCAAGCAGCGUGUCAAGGUCGAGAAGAAGGUCCGCGAGCACCACCGCAAGCAGCGCCGAGAGGCAAAGAAGAACCCUCAAUGGCGUACCAAGAAGCAGGCCGACCCGGGCAUUCCCAACUCCUUUCCCUACAAGGAGCAGCUCCUGGAUGAGAUUCAGAUGAGGAGAGAUCGGGAGGAACAGCGAAAGUUGGAGGAGAGAGAAAGGAGGAUUGCAGAGAGGAAGAAGGGCAAGGCGCCUGCUUCGGAUGACGAGGACGAAGACGAUGAGGACGAUGCCAUGCUGGCGAACGAGGAGGAGGAGGAGUCGCCUGCUCUCGCCAAGCCCACCAAUGCGCCUGUCUAUACCGGAUCGCUACAGGAGCUACUUGACGAUGAUGAGGUCAAGAACAUUGUGUUUGCUCUAGACGCUAGGGAUCCUGAGGCGUGGAGGUGCGAGCAGGUGGAGAGCGCCGCAAAGGGCAAGGGCAAGGCUGUCCAUCUGGCCGUGACGAGGUGUGACCUAGUCCCCCUCGAGGCCCUCGUCUCGCACUUGCACACCCUCACGACAUCGUCAUCAUCACCAAUCCACACCGUCUCUGCCCGUUCUGCUGGAGGAGCUUCCUCCCUCAUCGGUACACUCAAAGGCAAAGGCGGCUCGGCCUUUGUGGGCUUUGAAAAUUCUGGCCGCUCCGCUCUGGCCACUCUAGCUUCCAACGAGCUGGGCGAGAAUGGCUCUGUGAAGGUCUACGAUACGACGCAUCUACUACCCAUUAGGCGCAGCAGCACCAGUGAGGAAGACGACGACGAAGACGAGGAGCUAGAGGACGAGGACGAGGAAGAAGAUGAGGAGGAUGCCUAUGAUGGUUCGGACGACUUCGACUCGCAGCGUAGCAACGCCUACCGUCUGCUCAUGCGGAAUAAAGGCAAAGUGGAGAGGACAAAAGACCCCCUGCCGCUGCUUUGGGCUCUGCUUCCCUUGGUCUCGCAAAGCGAGGACCUGAUGCUGCUCUACAAUGUCCCAGCAUUCGGCUCCUAUCGUCCGUCGCUUCCCCCUACGGACGGGGACCUGACUGAGACAGAGAAAGACCUUCACGCCCGGUCUGAGCUCAAUAACAAGAUCUGCAAAGACACAGAGGAAUUCUUGAUCGGCCUAGCCAGGGUGCAAGGCAGAGCAAGGAAGCACGGCAUCCCAGACGUGACUGCUGCUGCUCGCGUGGUGCUGCGAGACUGGAGCGCUGGGUGCUUAGGCUACUACACUACUGCUAGCGGAUGGACUAAGAUUGCCAAGGCGGAGAGGGAGCAGAUCACUCUCAAGAUUCGGGCAGACUUGGAGAAGAAAGGCCUUGGCAAGGUGGUGCAGAGCAGGAAGGACUGGAGGAAGUCUUUCAUCGAGGCGCAAAAGGAGAGGAGGGACCUGCACCCCAGCCCGGCUGUGGGUGAGCUGAGGCUGAAGUCGGCUGGUCGAGGAGCUCUUGCAGGGCUGGAAGCCGAGUCUUUUGAGUUCUGGCGACCACGGGAGAUCAUUCAAGAUGUCGAGGAAGAUGAGGAGGAUGAAGAUGAGAUCGAGGGCCUCAUGGCCAGUGACGAUGAAGAGGGAGAUGAUGAAGAGAUGUUCGAUGAGGACGAGGAGGAAGACGAAGAUGAAGAGGAGGAGGAGGAAGCAGAGGCAGUUCCUCUGCCCAAGUCCGCCCUGAGGCAAGCCUCCCGCCAGGCAAAGGCAAAGUCGCUGGCGGCUCUCGGCCCUGUCGUGUCUGCGAAGAAGAGGGUGAGGGUGGUAGAGCCGAGCAAGAAGGAGAAGAGAAGGACAGGAUGAGCAGAGCUGCGUCGUCCUCAUUCUUACCUUGUCCACACGUAUUCUGGCUGCAAUCUGUACUUCUCACUGACGCACGCGCCCACCCAAAAUCCCGCAACGUCUCAAAAUCC